AUGCUUAUCACCAGGGCCGUCCGUCUUGGUGCUACAUUUCUUGUAGUUGCCUACCAAGCCGAUGCUUUUCAUUGUGGAAGAGGUGAUGGCUCACUGGGUGAUGCCUUCACCACCUACCUGAGCCCCAAUAUCACGAUCCACAAAACAACUGAUCUGGUUGCUAGCACUGUCUCCAACGCGACUUUCACAAUUUACAAAGCCAGCUACACCGGCGAGCCGGAUACGCGAGUCUUGACCAGCGUGGCCGUCUCGACCGUAACAGCUGCCGUGCCUGAGCUGGCCCAGCAGCACAAAGGCAUGCACCUUCAUCGUGCGGUGACAACAGUCACCGAGAUCGAGGACUACGGCACACUGCCCACAGCAGUUUCUCAUUCGACUUCUACCAAGGAAACAGGUGCCAUUGGAACAACCCAAGUUUAUACAACCCCAGACGUCAGACCCACACCGACAACCAAAGAUACAACCGUGGUUGUCAGUCCUACGGGGACAGUCUCUACCACGAGACCUGGGGAGAUGGCAUCCACGGGCAGUUCCGCUUCUUUCAGAUCGUCUCUGUCCGUGAGCUCUAGCACGCCGGUCACAGCAUCCAGCGCGUCAGUUCAGCCCAGCUUGACCAUUCCCCCGACCGAAAGCGAGACGACUCCCAUUACAACGCCCACAAGCAUUCACCACUCCGGCAGUGCCCAUUCGGCCCACGGAUCGCACAACUCGCUUCUCGCUGUCAUGGGUGCAUCCCUGUUCUCCAUUGCUCUGGCAUUUGUGGUAGCCGCCUGA